AUGUCAUCGUCUCAAAUUGUUCGUCGCAUUAUUAAAUCAGCAGCGGCUGGAAAUCCAUCAGGACCCUAUAGCCAAGGUGUUCAAGUUGGUCAAACCUUGUACCUCAGUGGAUGUCUUGGACUUGAUCCUAAAACAGGUCAAUUUGUUGGUGAAGGAGUACAAGAACAGGCCCGACAGUCAUUGAAAAAUCUCGGUGAAGUACUCAAAGCAGCAGGCGCUACAUAUAAAAAUGUGGUCAAAACUAAUGUCUUUCUUCAAGAUAUGAACGAUUUUGCUGCAAUGAAUGAAGUUUAUGCCGAAAUUUUCACUGAACGUCAUCCAGCCCGAUCAACCGUUCAAGUUGCUGGUCUUCCCAAAAAUGCAAAAGUUGAGAUCGAAGCUGUCGCUAUUCUAGGCGAUAUUCAAGAUGAAUAA